UCUUAUUUUAUGUUUUAUAUUAUUAUAUUAAAACGUAUUAUAUAUUAUGUUAUGUUAUAUAUUAUUACAUUAUAUUAUAUAUUAUUAUAGUAUAUUGUAUCUUAUUUUCUUUUUUAUAACAUGUAUAAAAGUUCUUUACAGCGUAACUGUGAUCAGUAUUCAUGUGUGUCUCUACAGGCCUGUGUGCUGGACGUCAGUACCAUUUAAUUUCUGAAGAGAAGAACUUUACUGAAGCACAAAGUUACUGCAGAGAGAAAUACACAGACCUGGCCACUAUAGACAGCAUGGAGGAUGUGGAGACCCUGAACAGAACGGCAGAAACAGCAGGAGUUUCCUCUGCACCCUGGAUCGGGCUGUACAAAACCUGGGGGUGGUCACUGUCAGACACAAGUUUCCACAAACACGGAGAGAAGGAGUUCAGAGGAUGGAAACCUGGACAACCAGACAAUAAAGGAGGUGAUCAACACUGCACACUGAUGUGUCAUGAUGGAGGAUGGAUCGAUUACAGCUGCGCAAACAUCUAUCAGGCGGUGUGCUGUGAUAUAUGCACACAGCUCCACGGUGACUUCAGCUUCAUGCUGACAUUCAUUAAGAAACAUCAAACUGCUGAGAAAAAUAUUCAGACACAGAAAAACUCAAAUAUAAAGUUUGCAUCUAUGUUGUGUGUUAUGUUGCCUCUGCACAGCUCUUCUCUGGAUCUAUUUUCAGGGCUGAAUGUGACUUUUAACCUCACUGACGACCGCAUGAUCUGGACUGAGGCCCAGAGCUACUGCAGAGAACACCACACAGACCUGGCCAGUGUGAGAAACCAGGCAGAGAACCAGAAGGUCCACGAGCUGAUUCCAGCAGGAGUAAGAUAUGUCUGGAUCGGCCUUUUCAGAGACUCCUGGAAGUGGUCCGAUGGAAGCAGCUCCUCGUUCAGACGCUGGUUGCCAGGGCAACCUGAUAACAGCAAGGGGACGGAGGCUUGUGCAGCAGCAGAUUUCAGGUCCUCUGGAAGAUGGGUAGACCUCAACUGUAACAGCAGGAGACCAUUCAUCUGCUACGGUCCAGUCUCAAAGCAAGUGUUCAGACUGAGGCUGAGGAGCUCUGUGGACCCCAACGACCCUGCUGUGAUGGAGGCAAUGCUGAAGCAGUUCAAACAGAAGCUGAAGGCCCAGGGGGUGAAUGACGACGUCACACUGAGCUUUAGGAAGCAGGCAGAUGGAAAAGCCUUCCACAAGGAGAAGAGGAAGACCAGAAAGUCAGGGGCUGAGGUUUCUCCAGGGAGAGUUGCUGUGGCUGGACCAAGUGUUUCCCCUGUUCAAGAUGAAGAACCUUUCUCCCCAGAGUCCAUUGGGUCCAGUGGGAACGCUAAAUUGAAGGUUCGUUUAACCCGCCUACAGCUCGAAGCAAAAGAAAAGGAGAAUGUGCGGAAAGCAGAUUAUGAACUGAAAUUGCAGAUAGACAGCAUGGAGGAUGUGGAGACCCUGAACACAACGGCAGAAACAGCAGGAGUUUCCUCUAUCGCCUGGAUCGGGCUGUAUGAUGAUGAUGUCAUGAGCUGGAAGUGGUCACUGUCAGACACAAGUUUCUACAAACACGGAGAGGAGGAGUUCAGAAGAUGGAAUACUGGACAACCAGACAAUGGAAGAGGUGAUGAAGACUGCACAGUGAUGUGGUCUGAUGGAGGAUGGUUCGAUGACAGCUGCACAAACCCCUAUCAGGCGGUGUGCUGUGAUGUGAGAGGGCUGGAUGUGACUUUUGUCCUCACUGACAACUCCAUGAACUGGACUGAGGCCCAGAGCUACUGCAGAGAACACCACACAGACCUGGCCAGUGUGAGAGACCUGACAGAGAACCAGAAGGUCCAGGAGGUGAUUCCAGUACGAAGAGGAGUCUGGAUCGGCCUUUUCAGAGACUCUUGGAAGUGGUCCGGUGGAAGUAACUCCUCGUUCAGACGCUGGUUGUCAGGGGAACCUGAUAACAGCGGGGGGAAGAAGGAUUGUGCAGCAGCAGAUUUCAGCUCCUCUGGAAGAUGGUUGAACAGGAACUGUGACGAGAAGUAUCCAUUCAUCUGCUACGGUCCAGUCACUUCAAAGCAAGUGUUCAGACUGAGGCUGAGGAGCUCUGUGGACCCCAACGACCCUGCUGUGAUGGAGGCAAUGCUGAAGCAGUUCAAACAGAAGCUGAAGGCCCAGGGGGUGAAUGACGACGUCACACUGAGCUUUAGGAAGCAGGCAGAUGGAAAAGCCUUCCACAAGGAGAAGAAGAAGACCAGAAAGGUGGAGCUUUAAUUUAGAUUUGCUGUGAAUCAGAAAAGUGUUUUUCUGUACUCAGAUACCCCUUUUGGACCAAAGCAGUUUCAGGAGCGUUUGGAGCCGGUGCUAGUGCUGGUUCACAGUUGGUUCCACUUGUGAACCAGCUCUGAACAUGUUUUCUUUUCCACAGAGAGCCUGGUCAUUACGUCUCUGUUAACGUCUGUAUGUCUCCGUCCUCUCAGCCAGUAUAACAACAACAGACUACAUGUCUCUACAGCACAUCUGCUGCUCAUCUAGAUCACUAUGGACGCCCAAUACAUUCUGAUUAACACUCAACGUAACAUGCUAAUGUUGGACUUUGUUGUUAGCUAACGCUAGCACGCUAGCAAUCACCCGCUAACAUUAGCCCACUAGCUGGCCCGUAUCAAUCACAUUGCAGUUAAACAAAUCAAAUAUAUGAAUGAAACACGUUUUAGUUGUGUCUCUCAACGGGCCGAGUUGGUCUUGUUGGUCAGAUAGCCCCGCCCCCAGCCCCUGAUAUAAGCAGUUCACAGUUCAACACCAGCAGACAGUUGGUGCCGUAGUGGAACCAGUU